AGCUGUGAACGGACGUGUCGACAGACUUUUCUACCUUACAGCAAGAAGACCCUUGGUUUGGUUCAUCAAGCCGUUAUCGCUGAUAUUCGCAAGGAGAAACAUUUCAUCACCAUGGCAACAAGAGCGCUGACAUCAGCUUCAUCGCGUACUCACACUGGUGAGAAACCCUACAGGUGUGAGGAGUGCAGCAAGCAGUUCAGUCAGCUGGGUGGUCUGAAGAGCCAUAUGCGGACUCACACAGGUGAGAAACCCUACAGGUGUGAGGACUGUAGCAAGCAGUUCAGUGAGCUGGGCAGUCUGAAGAAACACAUUCGGACUCACACUGGUGAGAAACCCUACAGGUGUGAGGAGUGUAGCAAGCAGUUCAGUGAACUGGGUAAUCUGAAGAAACAUAUUCGGACUCACACUGGUGAGAAACCCUACAGGUGUGAGGAGUGUAGCAAGCAGUUCAGUGAACUGGGUCAUCUGAAGAAACACAUUCGGACUCACACAGGGGAGAAACCCUACAGGUGUGAGGAUUGUAGUAAGCAGUUCAGUGAGCUGGGUCAUCUGAAAACACACAUGCGGACUCACACAGGUGAGAAACCCUACAAGUGUGAGGAGUGCAGCAAGCAGUUCAGUCAUCUGAAUAGUCUGAAAGAACACAUGCGAACUCAUACUGGGGAGAAACCCUACAGGUGUGAGGAGUGUAGCAAGCAGUUCAGUCUGCUGGGUAGUCUGAAGAAACACAUGCGAACUCACACUGGGGAGAAACCCUACAGGUGUGAGGAGUGUAGCAAACAGUUUAAUGAGUUGUAUACUCUUAAAAGGCACAUGAGGACUCAUACUGGAGAGAAACCCUACAGGUGUGAGGAGUGCAGCAAACAGUUUAGUGAGCUGGGUAAUCUGAAGACACACAUGCGGACUCACACUGGUGAGAAGCCCUAUAAGUGUGAGGAGUGUGGCAAACAGUUUAGUGAGCUGGGUCAUCUGAAGAAGCACAUGAGGAAUCACACUGUCGAAAUGUACGAGCAGGCAGAGCCUGUCCGGUCACCUUUCUCCGGCCCCGGCAGCCACCAAAGCAGCGGGCCGCCGCCCCAACCCUGCCCCGUCCGUCAGAGUGGUUCACGCGGGCGUGUCCGCCAUGACAACGGCGCUUCUGACAAGCAGCGGGAAGACCAGGACACGUCUUCACACACGUACGAAGACCCAGAGGAGGUGAAACGUAAUGCAACGUCUGCAGACCGCUCGUAUCCGGGUGGAGCGAGCGGCCACCGCGGUGUCUGUAGCUUCCUCCACACCCGCCGCAGCUGCCUAGCCGCUGGCAUCGUCGUGCUUCUGGGCUUGGGCGCCGUGGGACUCGCCCCUCUGACGUUCAGCAACAAACAGGAAAUAUCUAAAUUGUGGAAUACUGUUGACACCUUAAAACACGACCAAGACGUCAUGCGCCAACUGUCUGCCACUGUUGAUGCCUUGAAGCACAACCAAGAUGCCUUGAAGCGCAACCAAGUCGACAUGCGUCAACUGUCCACCACUGUUGACACCUUGAAGCCCACCCAAGACGACAGGCGUCAACUGUCCACCACUGUUGACACCUUGAAGCCCACCCAAGACGACAGGCGUCAACUGUCCAACACUGUUGACCCCUUGAAGCGCAACCAAGUCGACAGGCGUCAACUGUCCACCACUGUUGACACCUUGAAGCCCACCCAAGACAACAGGCGUCAACUGUCCAACACUGUUGACACCUUAAAGCGCGACCAAGACGACAUGCACCGACUGAUCACCACUGUUGAUGCAUUGAAGCACAACCUGAACAACGAGCGCAGCCGGACUGCCACCUUGGAGCAGCGUCAUCACGAGAUUGGGCAGACCUUGACAUCUUGCCCCAAAGAUUACACCAAGUGGCGUGGAACCUGUUACAAGGCUUUCAGCAUAGACAAAACCUUCGACCAAGCAGCCGCAGCCUGUGGUAAAGAUGGCGGCACCCUCGCCAUGCCCCGAGAUGCCGAGACCAACGACUUCCUGGGCUCCCUGAUCAUCCGUUGGGCAGCUUACUGGAUCGGUCUGCACGAUCAGCGCAAAGAGGGAAGGUUUGAGUGGGUGGACGGUUCUGCACUUGGGCCGUACAACUUCUGGGAGCCAGGAGAACCGAACAACGUUUGGGGCAACGAAGAUUGCGUCCUUUACUCCCCGUCAUACUCAUCCCGGAAAUACAACUGGAACGACUUUGACUGCCAGAAGUCUCUUCACUUCAUUUGCCAGACUGCUCCAGGUACUUAUUGUUAUGGUUCACGCGGGCGUGUCCGCCAUGGCAACGGCGCUUCUGACAACCAGCGGGAAGACCAGGACACGUCUUCACACACGUACGAAGACGCCGAGGAGGUGAAACGUUACACAGCGUCUGCAGACCGCUCGUAUCCGGGUGGAGCGAGCGGCCGCCGGGGUGUCUGUAGCUUCCUCCGCGCCCGCCGCAGCUGUCUGGCUGCCGGCAUCGCCGUGCUACUGAGCUUGGGCGCGGUGGGACUCGCCCCUCUGACGUUCAGCAACAAACAGGAAAUAUGUCAAUUGUCGACUACUGUUGACACCUUAAAACGCGACAAAGACGUCAUGCGGCAACUGUCCACCACUGUUGACGCCUUGAAGCGUGACCAAGACGCCUUGAAGCGCGACCAAGACACCUUGAAGUGCGACCACGACAUCUUGAAGCGCGCCCAAGUCGACAUGCGUCAACUGUCCACCACUGUUGACGCCUUGAAGCGCGACCUGGACAACGAGCGCAGCCAGACUGCCACCUUGGAGCAGCGUCUUCAUGAGAUUGAGAAGACUUUACCAUCUUGCCCCGAAGAUUACACCAAAUGGCGUGGAAUCUGCUACAAGGCUUUCAACACAAAGAAAACCUUCGACAAAGCGGCCGCGGCCUGUGGUAAAGAUGGCGGCACCCUCGCCAUGCCCCGAGAUGCCGAGACCAACGCCUUCCUGGGCUCCCUGGUCAUCAAUUGGGCAGCUUACUGGAUCGGUCUGCACGAUCAGCGCGAAGAGGGAAGGUUUGAGUGGAUGGACGGUUCUGCACUUGGGCCGUACAACUCCUGGGAGCCAGGAGAACCGAACAACAAAGGACAACAGGACAACGAAGAUUGCGUCCGUUACUCCGCAUACUCAUCCCGGAAAUACAACUGGAACGACUAUGACUGCCAGCGGUCUCUUAACUUCAUUUGCCAGACUGCUCCAGGUACUUAUUGCAUCUUUACUAUUUCCUAAAACCCUUUUAUCUAGUAAACAUGGCACAGCUUAAGGACCCAUCAGAAUAACCGGCAGACCAUCAUUGCUCCUGUCACAAACUAUGUCUGAACUAAAACCAUUCUACAGCUCAUCCCUGAUAAUGCUGAUCUUUAUUUCAGGACGUGCAUAGGCGACAGGUGGACGUCUUACCACUACUGUGCAGCGGCUC